CUUGAGGAACAUUUAAACGCUCUUAAUUAUUUCAUGAUAUUGCGGUGCAUUUGAAGAGCACUGAUGUCACCAUUCCUGCACACUCUCGUUACACAGGAAACCUGGAAGAGGUCAGUAUUUUUUAUGUUAACUUUUAUUUUCUAUGUUGUAAUAAUAGAGUUAAAUUUGGAAGUGGAGGAAACAAGAGGAAGAAACAGUUUUGUCUAUACAGCCAUUACACUCUCCUGAAUCUAAAUUAAAAUUUACUUUUCCUUACUCGAUUAGAAUUUAUCUCUAGGAAAACAUCUCCUUUUGGUGUCACUGAAGUGAUCAAGUUGUACAUGACCGGUUUCAAAUUGUACCUGGAUUCAGUUUAGUAGAAAAAUGCUUCCCUGGGCGGGGACUCGGAGCCCAUCUGCACAAAUCCAUACGUUUUUUAACCGCUAAAGUGACCUUACUCAGGCAAGUAAGGUAAAACAAUUUUGAAGGCCUGUAUUGAUGCAGAUAUCUGAUGGUUAAGCCUGUCUAAUUAAUGAUUUGUGUUAAGGUUCUAGAUGAUAUAUUCGUAGCAUGUGACUACGUGUUCAUGUAAUGACAUAUGGCUGGUAAUGUGAACUUGGUUUAAAUCCGUCACGUAACCCUGACCGCUUCGCUUCUGCCUAACAGACACAAUUCUGGUCAUAAAACCCGCCCUACUGGUGACGUCAAAGUAAGUUGUGUUGACAGCUAAGCUAAUGCAGCUAGUCCGAUGUGAGGCAGGCUAAGAUGGAGUGCUACUGACCUACCCGUCAGCGUCUCCGGUGUUUUUUUUUUUGCUCGUCUGUUUUCUUUCACUCCGGCGGUGUCCAGUGUUAGAAAUGCAGGACAGGUACAGCGAGAUCGGCUUCGUGCAGCAAAUCCUCGGUUUGAAUUUGGUGCCGAGAAAAAAUGGCACACUACGAGGCAACGACACUUCUCUGAGCGACUUCUCAGAAAUGUGGUAUGGAGUGUUUCUGUGGGCCACUGUCUCUUCUCUGGUCUUCCACCUGCCUGCAGCUCUGCUCUCCAUCGCCACAUUGCGUCAGCACAAGAUGGCUCGCUUCAUGCCCAUCGCCAUCCUGCUCAUGGGCAUCUUAGGACCAGUGUGUGGGGGUGUCCUCACCAGUGCAGCCAUAGCAGGUGUGUACAAGGCGGCGGGGAAGACGAUGAUCUCACUGGAGGCUCUUGUCUUUGGGGUUGGACAGUCCUUUUGUGUCCUCAUCAUAUCCUUCCUCAGAGUACUUGCCACUCUUUAGCAGUACGGAGGCCCACCUGGCUGGACACCAGUGACACCAUCUCUUGACAGGAUGUCAUUUUAACACUGCACAGAAAUGAGAUCCUGUCAGAUCCUGGGUCACGUAAAUCAGCCAAAUGUGGGUCAUGAUGUCACCUCCUACUGAUGGACUAGGACCACAAUGGAUUUUUAUCCCACGAGCCACAAAAAAAACGAGCAGUGUGUUCAAUCAAAGUGUGUGUUGUGCAGGACUAAGCCCUCCAGCGAGAUGUGAUGUUACUGUUGGACAUCAAAAUACAGCAUCACCCUACACUAGAGCAGUGGUUUCCACACUGUUUGGGUUGCAGUCACCAGGAAUAAUCAUGCUGUAAGUCUCAGAGUCUCACACAGCCAAUAUUCACAUGGCAAAGGUGACCGAGCACUGACUCACAUGCACAGGUUCUCACAAACUAGAUAACAACAAUAUUUAUAACGCUGAUUUUUGUGGUACAAAUCAUGUUAACUCUACAGGUGACUCCCAAAAAUUGUCUUGUGACCCACAGUUUGUAAAUCAUUGUUCAUUUGAAUAUGCACUUUUUUCCCCCUUUUUUUUCUUCCCUGUAUGAUGUGAAGGCAGCACGAUGCUGUUCUUCACUCACAUCAGGACGACACUGACCUCUCUCAGGAGCUGUGUGUGUGUCUGUGUGUGUACUAGGACAGGUUGGGAAUGUAAGGACAUGAGUGUCCUGUCCUCACAGAUAAACAAAUAGUACUUGUGUCUUUCUUAGCGUGCUUAUUUUAGGACUUACAUUUUAACACUGACAUGUUUGUUCAGGAUUCAGGACAUAGUUUGAUCAGUGCUGACUGACAGAUGGGUGUUCAUAAAGAUGCCUGAACACGUUUUUCUUCAGUGGCAGCAACUCUACUUAUUCUACAUCUAAUGCAAACUAUAUUUCUGUCUGAAAUGAUGUCUCACUGCUAAUUACCUCCACUAAGACGCUAUGAAUUUCCUGCAUUUGAUCAGCAUAACUAAUUUACAUAUACAAAUAAUGAGAUUUUUGUUAUGAAAUAGAAACUGAGUGGCACUGAGGUUUCGCAGUCCCAGAGUCCUUGCUUUCUUUCCUUGUGUCCCCGCUGGCAGCCAUGUUUUUCAUUAAGGGUGUGUCUUUGUGUCUCAGGCUGGUUCUCAGAGAAAUGGCUGACGAUGUGUUGGUCAUUACCUCAUAUAAUCGCACUUCAAAAAACCUUAACUAUUCAGUUGAGGUUGGGGAUAAGGGUUGGGUUGGUUUUGGUUUGAUUUUCCAAAUGAAUGCUAUGCUAUGCAAGUUUCUGGCUUUCCCCUCCGAGGCCUUACUCUCUGUUUUCUGACUUCAGGGCUUUCCUCUCGACUGCUGCUCUUUGCUUCUUCCUCAUCGCUUUUGUUCUAAAUCUAUUCCUGUUCACCUGCCAGCAACGUGUUACUGCUAAUUAAAAUGCUCACCUUCUCAGUUAAAUUGUUGUAAAUGGGAGGCAGCUGCAGCCUGGAGAACGUCUCCACAGUUUCUCCACUCAUCAGUUUUUAUUAGUUUACUUGUGAAUGAAUCAUGGGUUUGAACUUUACAUCCCCAGACAGAUGGGAUUUUAUCUUUUCUUCUAUCUUUGAUCUAUGUUAGAUUUUCCAGGUGUAUAACUAUGUGACAUUGAUGUGAUGCAUUUAAAGAAAAUGUGUAUGUAUAUAUAUUUCUGACCAAAUAUAGAUGGCUUUUUGAUUAUUA